AUGACUGGCGCUCGCUCCGCCUCGCCUCGGAGGCAUCUGCUCGGCACCUGUGGACCCCGGCGGAGCCCCGCCCCCACCUGCUGCCAGACAUCGUCUGUCUACUUGGAUGCUCAGAUUGAGAAGGAGAAGCAAGGCUACAACAUCUCAGGGGGAUGCACGGCUCUCACUGUGGUCUACCUGCUGGGGAAACUCUAUGUCGGCAACGCAGGCGACAGCAGGGCCAUUAUUAUUAGAAACAAUGAAAUUGUUCCCAUGUCAGCAGAAUUCACGCCGGAAUCAGAGCGACAGCGGCUACAAUUCUUGGGUUUCAUGCAGCCUCACCUGCUCGGAAACGAGUUCACGCACCUGGAAUUCCCACGGCGGGUCCAGAGGAAAGAGGUGGGGAAGAGGAUGCUCUACAGAGACUUUACUAUGAACGGAUGGGCAUACAAGACCGUUGAAGAUGAAGACCUCAAGUUCCCACUGAUAUACGGCGAGGGGAAAAAGGCUCGGGUGUUGGCGACCAUCGGCGUGACCCGAGGGCUCGGCGACCACGACCUCAAAGUUCACGACUCCAACAUCUUCAUCAAGCCCUUCCUGUCCUGCCUUCCAGAGGUGAAAGUGUACAACCUGACGCAGUACGAGCACGGCGCCGACGACGUUUUGGUGAUGGGCACUGAUGGCCUGUGGGACGUCCUGUCCAACCAGGAAGUGGCCGAAGCCGUGUCCACCUUUCUCUCCAACUGUGACCCCGAUGAUCUACACAGGUACACGAUGGCCGCACAGGAUUUGGUGAUGCGAGCUCGCGGGGUCCUGAGGGACCGAGGCUGGCGCAUCACCAACGAGCGCCUGGGCUCCGGGGACGACAUCUCCGUCUUCAUCAUACCGCUGAUGUACGGCAACCGUCAGCCCUGAGAAUCCAAGACCCGCAGCUAAAACAACCCGACCCACCACCAAAACUUGUAUUUUUUUGUUCUUGUUGGGAGUGACCGCCAAAAAAGGGGGGCUUCCUAUCAUCACUUCCUUGUUGUUUUUGCAUCCAAUUACUGUAGACAACUGCGCGACAUUGACUCACUCUUGCCUCUUGAGGAACUAGAUGGUAUUACAACCCAAGACAGGCUUCAUGGGCUACUAUUAAUCAAUUAGGCUAGAAAAACUUCAUUCAAUGACCGAGCGUCACGAUUCUACGGAGCCCCUAAAGGGACAUGGGGGAAAUAUUUUUUUUUAUAAUUUUUAUUUUUAAUUUUUUUUUAGACAUGUAUCUCUUGCG